AGUACUGGUAUAAAAUGCUGUCGUUUUAUGAGCGCUAUUUUAUUGCGUGACAUCGUUUAAUCGUGUACUAUUAGUCGCUGGGUGUGUUUUUGUAGUCCGGCUGCAAAGCACGCCCCACAAAUGGAAUGCAAUAUAAGUUCCUCGGAAUAUAUUCGUAUAUGAAGACGGUCUCCCUUUCUCCACACAGGAUUUCCUUAAACAACGUAUAAACGAACUCCUACAUAUAAACGAACCGCGAUAAAGAGCGAGGAGUGGCUCGAACCAGUUUCCCCGAGCUUGCGCAUCUAGCGUUGUUUCCGCAAGCGCGGAAUCCUGCGGGUUACGAAAGUUCGCAGUAAGGAUCCUCAGUGCAAAUCCACCCUUUGCGGACUUCGCAAUACAACACUGCAAACCUCGAAGAUUUUACGAGGAUUUGAUUAUGUUGACGAUGAUGCUGUUUCUGCUUGUCGCUCUCGCGACCAUCCAAUCGGGUUGGUCCCGAAGCGAGUCCUCGAUCGGUGAAAACGCGGCUGGGGACGCGGUGCAUACAGUUCCGCUCGGCUCGGAGGCGACCUUCCACUGGAGAGUGGAUCUAAUGAACAAACUGGUGACCGUGGAAGUUCAUUUCGUCGGCAAUAAUAACAGCUGGUUCGCGAUCGGAUUUUCCGACUAUGGAGAACUGAAACCAGCUGAUUAUUGUCUCUUCUGGUCUGACUGGCACCAACAAGUUCAUCUUCAAGACUCGUGGGCGGAUGCCGACGGGAAAUUACAUCUGGACGCUCAGCAAGACUGCGAGGGCUUCGAGUGGAAAAGACGUGGUAAUAUCACGAAAUUCACAUUCUCCCGCAGGUUCGACACUUGCGACGAGCGUGACUAUAUCAUUGAGAAAGGUACCACGCACCUAGUGUGGCUCCGCGGUCACGGACCGCUAUCCUCCUUGGCCGGCCUUGAAACAUCGGACGCAAAAUCGUCGGGCAUGUCUCGUACCGAGUUACAAAGAGCGUCCCAUAAAAAGCCCAGGUUCCCCGAGAAUUCCUGGCAGCUGGAAUUACUCGCCCAUCGGGUUCAAGUGCCGAAGGAGGAGACCACCUAUUGGUGCCGUGUGCAUAAGUUGCCGUCGGUAUUAAGUCAGAAGCAUCAUAUCCUGCAAUUUGGUCCAGCUGUUCAAGCGGGUAACGAACAUCUUGUACAUCACAUGGAAAUCUUUCAUUGCGCCGGACCCGUGGAUCUAGAAGUCCCAAUGUACAAUGGACCCUGUGAAGGAGCAGAUAGGCCCGAAAAAACGCAGAUCUGCAAGAAGGUGUUGGCAGCAUGGGCGAUGGGUGCCGACGCGUUUGUAUAUCCGGAAGAAGCCGGUCUAUCCAUCGGCGGGGCCAAUUUCAAUCCGUACAUCAUGUUGGAGGUGCAUUACAAUAAUCCCGAGCUACACCAAGGUGUCGUUGACUCCUCCGGAAUCAGAUUUGUUCUUACCAAGACUCUCAGAAAGUACGACGCCGGUGUCAUCGAGCUCGGUCUCGAGUACACCGACAAGAUGGCCAUACCUCCACAACAGGAAGCCUUUACGCUAUCCGGUCAUUGCAUUGCGGAAUGCACCGGAGUCGGAUUGCCCCAAAGUGGCAUUCGCGUUUUCGGCUCUCAACUGCACACGCAUCUGACGGGCACCAAAGUCACCACCCGUCAUGUAAGGGACGGUGAGGAGCUGCAGCCGUUGAACUAUGACAAUCAUUACUCCACUCAUUUCCAGGAGAUCAGACUGCUGCCGAAGCCGGUGACCAUUCUGCCCGGGGAUUCCCUGAUAACUACAUGCACUUACAACACUAUGGAAAGAGAUAACGUGACUCUUGGCGGCUUUGCUAUAUCCGACGAGAUGUGUGUUAAUUACAUUCAUUACUAUCCCAAUGCGCAACUAGAGGUGUGCAAGAGUGCCAUAAGUGACGACGCUUUGCGGACGUACUUCCGCUAUAUGCGAGAAUGGGAAAACCAAGGGACCAGUGCGGAAAAGGGCAUCUCGGCGAAUUACAAGAGCGUCGAGUGGACCAAGGUCCGCGUGGAGGCUCUUCAUGAUCUCUACGAAGCUGCGCCAUUAGGGAUGCAGUGCAACGGCUCCGAUGGCUCCCGAUUACCCGGCUUGUGGAAUAAUAUCGCGGCCACACCCGUCAGAUUGCCUUUGCCACCGCCAGCCAGAGAUUGCCUGGAAUCUUCAAUCCAGGAAGACAUCUCAAACCAGAUGUAACCAAGUGGUUUAAAAAAUUUAAGUCGGUCAUUCCAUUGUGUCGAAAUUUCAAGAGAGCAAGCAAUUAAAGAAUUCCAAUCCAGGGCAUAUCAAAUUUAGCGUUGUCUGCUACUUCAUUAAAAUCUUCUCUGAAA